CAGCUAUAGUGUAUAGAUAAGAUAGGUACCUACCUAGGUAUCUAUACAUAUGUACAUAUUAUAGCGUAGUGCAAUAUUUAUUUAUACUAAUAUAUCGCAAAUUAUAUCACCUCAACACAACACAACACAACACACAUCAUCAUUAUUAAUUAUCUCCGUACUUAAAAGCCGUCCAGGCAGCCGUCAAAUAAUUGAAUAAGAUGAAUAAGAAUUCCCAGCCAAGGCCAAAAGGCCCGGCUAGCUCCUGCAACCUGACGCUAACAAUGUUUUUAAUCCCGGCACCCCUGAAUACUGCUAUCAGUGCUAUAUCCCGAUACAUCGUAGCGCGUACCGUCGACCGGCGGCAUUAAGGGGCCCCUUCAUGUUACAUGCUGACUUAUAAAAAGGAAGCUUGUGCCCCCUUCGCGAUGCGUCGAUCUUCUUGAUCUACACACGCGAGUUAAAAGACGACGAUUAAUAGAUACGCGAGUCAUUCGUUCAUUAAUUCCGAUCCGCUCGUUUAUAAGGUCGACCAAGCUUUUCCCAACUAACAACAUAACAACAUACACUCUUUUUGCUUUUGAGAAGACCGAUAAUUACAUACAACAUGUAUACUAAUAACGCAAUCGUCCUCGCGGCUCUUGCCGCUUGCGCUUCCGCUCAAAUCCCGAACCUCAUGCCGCGCCAGACCUUCGGGAGCUCCGACCCGGAAGAGACCGAAUCCUCGCCGGAAUGUAUUUCCCGCGUCCAGUCUUGGUCCAGCGCUUUCCCCACCCCAGCUCCGGCUUUAGAAAGCGCGAUGGAUAGCGCCACAGUGGACGGCGGCAUGGCUGAGUCAGGUCUGUCGGGCUUGUGCCAGUAUGGCACCGCUCUUGGCAAGGACCAAGGCUCUGCCUAUACUUCCUACUGCCUCGACAUGUACUCGUAUCUGUCUUCGCAGUCCUCCAACCUACUGGCUUUGGCCACUACUUGCUCCGGCGAUAUGGGUGCACCCCCGGAGGUUAUCACUAGCCAGCUUGACGAGCUCCUCAGCGUAUACUCCCAGUUCUCGGCAGGCGGCUGCAAAGCUGUCUCCGCGACGACUACGGCGGACUCCUCCAGCGAAACAGCUGCUUCCUCCGACAGUUCUUCUGCUGCCACGACAAGCGCUAGCGGUUCCGCGACGACUACUGGCAGCUCUGAAUUCUCAGCAGCAGCUGCGGCAAGCAGCUCGGCUGCAUCGGCGAUACCCUCUGGUAACGCUAGCCCGAGGGAGACCGGAAUGUUCGCUGCGGCUGCCCUGGCUGCCGGUUUCAUCGGCGCUGCUGUGGCCCUAUAAGGUUCUCGGUUAUCCAUACUGUAGAAACUAAUAUGAUUGAAAUUUAGCGUCUCACCCCGUAGGAUUCUAUUUCUCUGGAUGUGUUUUGCGUUCCCGGUUUAGCGCUUUUGGUUACAGUUCACCCUCAUACCCCCCUGUCUACUUCAUAUAUAAGCGUAUAGUUCCUAGCUGACAAGCCUACUAGAGGCACGAGCUCCAUAGGCUAUCGUAGAACCAAUAUAACAGUAUAUCUGAAG